AUGCAUCCGCCGUUAUCAUUCUCGCUGCCGGCGCUGCUGGCCCUGGUGCUGGCCACGCUCACGCUCGUGUCCGCCUACCGACCGGUCCAGUUCGUCAAGCACACGGGCGAGUCUGGCCGCGCAGACCAAGCAUUCAGCCUGGUCAACUACUACAAUACCACCACGCAGCAGGCCGACCUGUACGUGCGCAUGGAAGCCUUCCGCUACCAGUCGUCGGCGCUGGGCUGGGCCGCCCUGGCCCUGGGCCCGGAAAUGAAGGGCGCGCUGAUGUUCCUCAUAUACGGCGACCCGGCGGCCCCCGACCCUAAACUGACUCUGACCACCCGCACCGUCGACGGCCACCAUCCGCCGCGCCCGGUGGCGGAGAUGAAGGAAUUCUAUUCUGGCGACGUGCCCGCCGUCGACGUCGUCACCGCCCACUUCGAGCCGUACACCGGCGACUUCUUCCACGAGCAACUGCAGCAGAAGCCGUCGCAUCUCGGCGUGGCCGAGUUCGUCGUGCGCGGAUACACGCGCUGGACCGCCGCCGCGCUCGGCGUCUCCAACGACACCACCAACCAGGCCAUGAUCUGGAGCAGCAACUUCAAGCAGGAUUUCGGCGGCGACUUCUCGCCCGAGCGCAACAUCGACAUGCACCAGUUCGGCCUGGGCUUUGGUUUCCUGUGGACCGAUCUGCGCAAUGCCCUCUCGCCCGUUCCCUUCUUCGGUCCGAUCAAGGACACCGAGGACCACAAGGGCGUCAGCGAGACCGCUGAGCCCGCCGCCCCGACCAAGGACGAGUUGGCUGUCGGCAACGCCAUUAUUCUCGAGCAGAAGGAGCUCGGAGGUGUCGGUGCCAGUAUUGGCGUCGGUGGUGUUACUGAUUCCGGGGAUGGUGAUAAAUCGUCCUCGGUCACCACCCCGGCCCCGGAUGAUGGCACCAAGGUCGAAGAGCCGGUCAAGACGCCCAAGCAGUGGAACGUCCGCUCGUUGAUGUGGCACAUCCACGGCAUCCUGAUGACGCUCCCCUUCCUUCUACUCUACCCGCUCGGCAUCUACUUUCUGCGCUCUGGGCGUAAAACAGCCUUCAACCUGCACUGGACCGUCAACUCGCUGGGCAGCGUGAGCGUGAGCCUCGGGGCGCUGGUAGGCUUCGUCAACUCGCGCUCCAUCUCCAUCACGCACCAGUACCUGGGCAUUCUGAUCGUGUGCGCGCUGGCGGUGCAGACGGUGCUCGGCUGGCGCCACCACAUCGUCUACCUCUCGCACCUGACCUCGUCCGGCCGCGGCCGCACCACCUGGAUGGCCCAAGUGCACGUCUGGCUGGGCCGCGCCGUGCUGCCGCUCGGCAUGCUCAACGUCGUCUCGGGCCUGCUGCUGCGCCACUACGGCUGGCUGACCGUGUCGUUGGCCAUCGCCCUCGCCGCCGUCGAAAUCCUCGCCCUCGCCCUGCUCAUGGCCCGCGCCAGACGCGAUGCCCUACGUCGGCCCGGUGCCUCCGGCGCCGCCGCCAACGGCUCCGCCUAUAAACUGGGUCCUGUCGCCGCCACGGGACCCUCGGCCGCCGACGAGGCCGAAGAGUAUUUCCAGCUCGGGGAAGACGACGACGACGACGAUUACAGUGAUGACGACCAUGCCGGCGCUGCGGCUGGAGACCUACCGAGCGGAUCUGCCGCCGAUCGAGAACGCAAGGAGCGAGAGGAGCAGAAGCUCGAGCAGCAGAAGCGUCUGGCCCGGCUGGAUAAAGUGUAA